GCUCUGAUGCUCAUAACCACAGGGUGCUUGCUCUCCAAGAUGCUGGCGCGCUCGACGACGAAGCUUGUGUCGGUGAUGCAGCGACCGCAGGGCGUCAAGCCGCUGCUGGCUCGCUCCUUCGCACACCGCGUGAACAUGGUGCUCAAGGAGGACGUGCCUAAGCUCGGAUUCCGCGGUGACGAGGUGUCCGUGAAGGCUGGAUAUGCACGUAACUUCCUCUACCCUGAGAAGUUGGCAGUGUACGCUACGAACGCCAACCGCGAGAAGUUCAAGGUGGACAAGGAGUCCGUGGACGAGACGCUGCUCGAGAAGGAGCACGAGCUUGAGGCCAUCAUCGACGGCCUCAGCAACAUCGAGGUCGUUUUCAAGCGCCACACAGCCGCUAAGACGGAGGUUAAGCUGCACAGCGAGGUGAACGCGCAGAAUAUCUCGGACAUGUUGGAGAAGCAGCACGGUCUCAUUGUGGGUGUGGCCCGAAUCGAUCUCCCCACGCCCAUUAAGACGCUGGGCGAGCACACGGUUAAGGUCCGCGUGGACGACGCGAUCGAGGAGGAAUACGCUGCUGGCGCCGUGGUAUCGGCCGCAGAAGGCGAAGCGGAGGUUGAGGGUGAGGGCGACGAGAAGAAGCAGAAGACAGGCCCGUCUAAGAAGAAGUGGGUGAGUCUCGCCAUCGAGGUCGAGAGACGGUAG